GCUUUGUCAUAUGACAACAGAAGGCGCAUGUCAGUCACGUGACUCGGAGAUGGCGAGAUCAGGCCUCCCUCCCAAUUUUUUAUACCCUGUUGAUCUCCUUUGGGGUUGUCCACCUGAGUGCCUGAGCGCAGGAGAACAAUGUCCGGUAUCCAGGAAUUUUUAAACAAUCGAUACCAGUCCUUUCGGCAGGAUGCUAGGAGCACAGCAGCGAGGGUUAUGCUCGCUGUAACAGAGGACCAUUCCGCCCGGAUUCAGGCAUUCUACUCAGUCAACUUACUGUUGGGGUUUCUGCCGCAUGAGGGGUCCUCCGAGAGAUACAAUGGACGUUGGUUGAUGAUGUCAUUGGGGUGCGAUUCAUGGGUAUUGUGGACCCCAGUGGCGAGGAGGAACCUCGUCGCCGAUGGUUAUUGCUUGUGCAGGGCGCUCUACACUUCACUGGCGGCGGCGGCCCCGGGGCGCGGCGCGGGCUGGGGGUUGGCUGUGCUAGGUCCGGAGCCGGGGCUACUUUGUGCCGGAGCCGCGGCAGCGCUGUGGCUUUUGUUGCUGCUGGUAACAAAGAGCCGGGAGCUUUGCAGGCGAUGGGCAGCGGGGGAGCCCGGGGGCUGCCGGGCCUGAGGGCCGCGCGCUGACGGGAGCGGCCAGAGGCUGAGGCAGCUGCACAGCUCUAUCGCCCCGUAUGCCCGGCGGCACCUGAGCCAGGCGCGGCCCCACUUCUCACCCCCCUUUCUGGGGUGCGCUCUCUCCCUGCUCCUCGCCUCCUCUGUGUCUUCUUCGUCCCCUUUCUCUCCCCGUCCUCACAAAACCAUGUAACUCUUUCCCCCCUUUAAUGUGCCAGUUCCGAGGCAAGGAGCGUUAAUCCCCGUCUCCUGCUGAACUGUGCAUUGGACCAAGCAUUUAUAUCGUGACUGAAAUCCGCACCGCUGUCCAAAAGAGUCGCAUCCCCUGCCCUGACCCUUUUUCUUACUGAUUGUUUUAAAAGAUUUUUUUCAUCUCUGUAAAGUGUCGCUUUUCGGUGCUUUUCUUCUACAAUAAAAAAGACGCUUCUGCAGUAAAGAGUCUUGCCUGGAUGUAUUUUUUCUUUAAAUAAAAAUCUACAUUGGAUGAACAAGUAAAGAUGGAUAAGAAAUCAUUUGAGACCGUGCUUGAUGAAAUUAGAAAGGCUGUGUUGACUGAAUACAAAUUAAAAGCUAUAGAAUAUGUGCAUGGAUACUUCUCUAGUGAACAGAUUGUUGAAUUACUGAGAUACUUUUCUUGGGCUGAACCACAACUAAAGGCAAUGAAGGCUUUACAACAUAAAAUGGUAGCUGUUCCAGCAUCAAAAGUGGUUAAUAUCCUUAACUGCUUCACCUUUAGUAAAGACAAGCUUGUUGCUCUAGAACUCUUAGCUUCCAACAUUGUUGAUGCUCAGAAUUACCGCCUUAUUGAGGACCUGUUCAGGAUUAACAUGUCAGAGAAGAAAAGAUGCAGGAGAAUUCUUGAGCAGGCUUCCAAAGGAGGUUGUAAAGCCCCUCACGCUAUGAUAUCUUCCUGUGGCAUGAUUCCUGGAAACCCUUAUCCCAAGGGGAAACCAAGCCGGAUAAAUGGAAUUUUCCCAGGAACGCCUAUCAAAAAGGAGACUGAAGAAUGUACUAAUGAAGGGAAGGGAAUUGCAGCCCGUAUACUUGGACCAUCCAAACCAGCUCCAGCAACGUACAACCCACACAAACCUGUUCCAUACCCCAUCCCACCAUGCCGGCCACAUGCAACUAUUGCACCAAGUGCUUACAAUGCUGGUCUAGUUCCAAUGGCCAGUGUCCUAGCACCAAGCUUACCAGCUCCUCCGCCAUAUACCCCUAAUCAAGUGGGAUCAGAAAACGAAGACCUUUCCAAUCAGGCAAAACCUUCCCAAAAUCAAGCUUUUUCUGCACAAGCGAAUCAGCUCUUUACUCCUCAUGGUUCUAAUCCUUCAACACCUGCUGCUACUCCAGUCCCUACCCCAUCCCCUGUCAAGGCGAUAAGCCAUCCAUUAGCACCUGCCACUGCAGUCAUCCCUGGGAUGAGCAUGUCUACCCCUGUGCUUCCUGUUUUCCCAGGGCAGGUCUCCUCUUCCAUCCAUACAUCUCAGCCAUCAACCCCAACCCCAUCUGUCAUCAAAUCCCUUUCAUUGUCUGGUGUUCCUGUCACAUCUGUUCAUAGUGCAACCUCCAUCCCUAUUCCUGCAGUUUUCUCUGGACUGGCUUCUAUCCCUGCUGCUACGCCAGCUCCACAAGCUUCUUCCACACCAUGUGCCACACCUGCCUCUAAUGAAGCUUUUGCAUCUGCUUCUGCACCAUUUGCUGGCCUCCCUUUUUCUGCAACCUCUUCAAUUGCUUCAGUUAAUAAUCCUGCUCCAUUGUCAUCAGUUUUUGCUGGCCUCCCUUUGUCCUUGACCCCCACUCCUCAAGGGAUGUCUAGUCCCAUUCCUUCUGCAAUUGCUAGCUCUCCUGCCACUAGCAUCUCUGGCCCACUUAGCUUGCCUAAUCCAAUUCUGUCUGUUUUAAAGGGAUUUCUGACAUCAAAUGAUACCUCAUUAAUCAGUGCUUUACCUUCUGCUGUGACAAGUGAGCUUGCCUCUUUAUCUGCUCUUGCUAAUCAAAGCUCUGAGCCUCCUGCCUCCUCUGUAAACAAAUGUUAUACCCCAUCUGCCACACCUACACCUCAACGUUCUUCCACGCCAGGGCUGGCCAUUUUCCCGGGUCUUCCAUCUCCCUCUGUAGCCAAUCCUAGUUCCACUCCCCCAACAUUGCCAACUCAGUCACCAUUAACCACUUCACAAUCUAUUAUACCAGUCAGCUGUGGCGCCUCUGUUGCGCUUUUGCAUGGUGCGAGCCCUACUAAUCCCGAGCAUCAGAUUUCAUCAGCCCCAGUUGCCACAGGUAUUCCAGUUCUAGUCAAAACUGAACCCAUGAGCCCUACUCUCUCAGCCUUCAAAGGCCCUUCUCAUUCGGCUGGCCCAUCUCAUGGCACGCUAGGAUUGUCAGCGCUUGGGCGUGCAUAUACCUCUGCAACUUCAGUGCCAGUCAGUUUACCUAGUUCCCUUAAUCCAGCAUUAUCAGGUCUCUCCUCUUUGAGUGCUCCCUUAAACAGCUCCACGUCUCUUGCCUCCAUUUCCCUUGCCCCACAUGCUUCCUCUGCUCCAGUUGCCCCAGUAUUUAAUGGACUUCCUCCCUUCACGUCUCUGACCAGUAACUUUGCUUUUACUGGUAACCCAGCACUUACACCACCGGUCACUGUCCCAGGGUCUUUGUUAGCAACUCCAUCUACAACUGCUUCAUCUGUGUCUGCUUCUCAUGUGAAUUCUACAGCAGCUGUUCUCUCCGGACUCACUGCUUCAGCAACAGUCUCUGCUCCACCCUUUCCGCUUAACUUGUCCAGUGCCGUCCCCUCCCUAUUUUCUGUCACCCAGGGGCCUCUGGGAUCAUCAAACCCAUCCUUUCCUGGUUUCCCUGUCUCUAACACACCCACUGUCACUCCAGCUCUCCCUUCUUUCCCUGGCCUCCAGGCAUCUUCUACAGUAGCAGCAGUUGCACCGCUGCCGGCAGCUGCCACAGCCCCAUCUCCGGCUCCGGUCCUGCCAGGGUUUGCCUCGGCCUUUAGCUCAAACUUCAACUCUGCACUUGUUGCACAGGCUGGCUUGACUUCUGGGCUGCAAACCCCAGGAAAUACAGUUUUCCCUGGACUCUUGUCUCUUCCUGGUAUCCCUGGAUUUACCCAAAGUGCCACACAGUCUUCCCUGCAGGAAUUGCAGCAUAGUGCAGCAGCGCAAUCAGCGCUACUACAGGCACAUUCAGCUUCAGCUCUAGAGAACUAUCCAGCUCAGCCUGAUGGUUUUACUAGCUAUCCCUCUGCACCAGGAACACCGUUUUCACUGCAGACAAGUCUACCCCAGAGUGGAUGGCAAUAAAUAUCAUCUUUUUCUUGACAAGCAAGACAUAUUUGAAGACUGAAGUGGUGGCUUGACAGAGCCUGAUCCUGUUGCCGUUAAGUCGAUGGCAAAAUACCCAUUGACUUCAAUGGGGACAUGAUCUGGCCCAGAAAUUGGGACAGAGAAGCAAGACGAGAGUGAAGAGCUUCUGGGAAACUGUUCUUGUGUCAGAUUACAAACAAAUCCAUGAUUACUCUUGCUUUUAAACAAUUUGGGGUGUGAUCCUGUGAUGUGCUGAACAUCCUCAACUUCCUCUGUAGCUGGGGAGCUGGGUGUUUGGUUCCUCAUAGGACCAGGCCCUUUAAACACAGACUUCCUGUGUAAUUAGAAUAAUUGUCAGCCAAACGGUAUGGGGAAAAUGGUAUUCUAAAUAGUGUGUGGUAUUUUUCACCCAUCAUUCUUUUCAAAUUUGUAUGGUAUGUGUGGUAAUGUAGAAAGAACAUCUAGAUUGAAAUUAGACACUUAAAGCUGUAGACAAUCCUUAGUGUAGAUGCACAUCUCUCGUUACCAUCAGUAAGAGUUAUGUGCACAGAUCAAGGUCCGUGUAUGGCUCUUGGGAUUUAUUCUCUCCUUCAUAUGCAUGAGUAACUCUUUAUUAGUAUCAGUAGUAUGUCGAGGGGAGACUAGAUCAGGUUCUUAAAAUGCCAUAUGAAAUAUUGUUGUGGACCUGCUGCUGAACUGAAUACUCCUCUAUCUGAGUCAGAACAGAAGGAAGCCAGACAAUGAUGCUGUACUGUAUUCUGGGAUAGGAACUAGUUACUUUUAAUUGAGUAAAGUUUAGCUAGUGAGGAACACUUCUUUACAGAAAUGCAAACAAGCCUUUCAUUUUGUCUCCAGGAUAUGCUCUUUAACAUCCCCCUAUGUUAAUGGAAGUAAUUGUAUUGCAAAUAGACUACCUAUCCAUCACUGUUUGCUGCAGGCUUUUGAGACUGUUUACAGUCAUGGACCAAAUUUUGCUCUCACACUCAUGUAACCAAAGUUUGGUUAUAUUCCGUGGAAUAGCAAGUGUGUAAGUGAGUGCAGAAUUUGGGCUAUGGAUUUUUAGCAUUUUUUCCUUGGAAAACAUACAUGAUUUUAAAGGUAAAUAACUGAAUUAACUGCAUUGGCUAGGAAUGGUAUGACACAGCAUAUGGAAAGGUCUUGCUUUGUAAGUAAAAUGCAGUGUGUGCACUCAUAAUAAUUGUAGUACCUGUGGCAGUGUGUAACACAUCAUUGAAUAUCAUCUGUUUAAGAAAAACUCUAGAUCAAGUUCUAAAAGACAAUAGAGAUGAUAUGCAAUCAUGUGAUUUUAAAAUAAACUGUAGAAGAUAUACUGUAGAACAGUUCUGCACCUAGAGUUUUACUUUUUUAAAGAUGGAUUCUGCUGGAAGACGUUGCUAAUGUAUUUUCUUUCAAUGUGUGAACAAACUUUUUUAAAACAUUAAUGGGAAUUCCUGUAUUAGUUUUUAACACAAUUUUUUAAAAUAAGUUUACACUCAUGGCACAAAGGCUUUAGUGACUAUUUGCCUAGUAGUUUAUAAAAACACUUGAAUAAACAAUUUUUUACAAAAAAA